AUGGGCAAAUUACAGUCGAAACACGCAAGCACACCCCGGGAAAAUCCUGAAGGUGGUGCACUCCCAGCGAACCGGGAUUUCUACCAGAGCGAGCAGGCGGACGUGUGCUACGAAACGGACAAAAUGAACGCGAAACAGAAUCGUCAGCCCAGCCUUCUGGCCUGUAAACGGAGCCAGCAUGAAAGGACGCGGGGCCAGGCCCCGGGGCGUGGCAGCCGCGAUGACGUGACGAAGCAGACGGAGGACAGGACGAACCCCCUGCCUGGCCCUUCUCCAGAGCUUUGUUCUCCGGCCCUGGACGUGGAGUACAAUUUGCCCGUCACGGAUGAAAAUUGUCAGGAAUGGAUAUUUACUUUGUAUGACUUUGGUAACAGUAGCAAAGUUCACAAAGAGGAUAUGACCAGACUGAUGCAAACAAUCUUUGAGGUGGUGGAAGCGUCAAUCAGACAGUCGGUGCUCAGUAAGAGCACGUCCCUCAGAAUUCGACUGAUCAUCACCACGGCUUCCAGUGGCAACAGAGGAGGUAGAAGAUCAUUCCUUAAAAAUAAAAUUCAAAUUCAAACUGUUAACAGAGGACAGAUAACCAGCCCUCCAAUCAACAUAGAGAAAAAGCAUUACAGAGUGCAUGACAACACAGAACGCAGAAACCACUACCUGAAGCUUGCUGGCCUAGAAAACUGCAAUUCCCAAGUUGAAGCAGGUAACAAACUGUUUAAAAAAUCCAACUCUGAUGCUGAGGAACAUCGCCUGGGCGGUCUUACCUGUGACCCCCACUCUCGACAACAUCGGCCCUCCCACCCAGAGAGCCCAUUGGGCGCCUGUUUCCAAGGAACCACGCCCUUCCUGCACUCUCCCAGGAGUCACGGCAAGUCAGCGGGAGCCGGCGGAGACGCCGCGAGGCUCUUCAAACCACACAGCCAUCACCCCAGCGUUUGGUGCCAGCCCUUUCAGAACCACCAAACUGGGCACUGGCCUCUGGAGUACAGCCAUAGCAAAAAGCUUCAUAUCAAAUCCUCCACACCGUCCAAGCAGAGUUCCCCAGACAGGGAUUUCCAGCCGGUGCAGGGCACCUCCUGUGGGGGUGUUGUGUCACUGGCUCAGAGGCACAAACACCAUCAUCUCCAUGAACAUCACCAUCAUCAUCAUCAUCACCAUCAUCAUCACCACUACCAUUAA